CUCCCGAUCAGAUCCGUCUAAUAUCCGAAUCGUAUUCAUAUCACUCCCACACGCAGCCAGAUCUUCUUCAUUGCGUUACCUGAGCAAUUGAAUCUGUUGAAAGUAUAUAAUUGUUGAAAAUGGCUACUGGCACUCUGAAAGGCCCUGGUGCACCCAAGGCUUAUGAUGGCUCCGGUCUCCGCAUCGGCAUUGUCCACGCGCGGUGGAACACCAAGAUCAUCGACGCACUGCUUGACGGUACCGUCAAGGCGCUCAAGGACUCGGGCGUGAGGGAGGAGAACAUCAUUGUACAGAGCGUACCGGGCAGCUGGGAGCUGCCCAUGGCAGUGAAGCAAAUGUACUCGGCCUCCCAAGUGCAGUCCUCCUCCUCCAGCGGCAUCGUGGGCGCCGCGACCGACCUCCUCGGGGCCUCCGCCUCGGACCUAACCAACCUCUCCCUCACCGGGUCGUCCUCCCAGAAACCUACCACCACCGCUGCUGCUGCCGCCGCCUCGUCCGCCCCCUUCGACGCCCUCAUCGCCAUCGGCGUGCUCAUCAAGGGCGAGACCAUGCACUUUGAGUACAUUGCCGAGAGCGUCAGUCACGCCCUCAUGCGCCUGCAGUUUGAGUCCAAUGUCCCCGUCAUUUUUGGCCUGCUGACGGUGCUGAGUGAGGAGCAGGGGCUGCAGAGGGCGGGCAUCGGAGGGGCGAGCGGUGCGGAGGGACAUAACCAUGGGGGGGAUUGGGGGAGGGCGGCGGUUGAGUUGGGGGUUAAGAGGAGGGGGUGGGUGGAGGGGAGGUUUGUGGAGUAA